AAAUAGACUACAUUGUAGCUCACCUCACUGACUAAACACGGUGAUGCCCUGUAGUCGGAGAGCAGUCGUUUCAGACAGACAACCAGAUUUGUUCAAGACGGCUGGAACAUGACAGAAUCCCUCAACAUGCUAGGUCUGGGGCUGUUAUCUCUUGCCUUGUUCAUCUCUUUGAUGCUCAAUGUCAUCUUCUGCAUCAGACGACGGACCAAAUUGUGCAGAGACACUGACGAGCGCUGCUUCACACACAUUUGCACAGCAGAAAGCCCGUCUCAAGAUGAAGGCCAUCAUUUUCCUAACCUCAAUGAUGAUGAGCAGCAGGACAAUCUUCAUGGGCAACAUGAAAAUCCGAUCUACGGCAACAUCAGCUCAGAUAGAAGAGAUUCCAUAGACGUCUGCUAUGAGAUAAUGACCAUGCAACACACAAGAGAUCGUAUGAAGUCUUUAGAGCCUGACCUGAAUUAUGCCUCGCUGGAUCUAAAGAUGGCAAAAAAACGCAUGAAGAAGAAUCGCCACCUGCAAGGCCAUGCUCAGCGAGGGAGCACACUUCCAGAUGAGAUGCCAGUCCACCUCACACCCUCUACGAAUGCUUUAUUUGAGGUGGAAGCAGACAUGGAUGCUCACCUUCCUUCCAGAGACACCAGCACCAUGGUUUUACACAGUAGCAUCUACCUGAACAGUCAACAGAUAGCCCAAGAAACACAGGAGAUGGAAAGAGAAAGGGGCAUAAACAUGGAGAGGGAGGAUGUGGGUUGGGAGGGAAUACGAAGGAGGGAGGAUGGGCAAAGCACAAGGUGGAAAGGAGGGCAAGGGAGUGAGGACAGAAAAGAUAGACAAGAUAGUAAUGAUGCAUGCACACAGCUGGCCGAGGUAGAGGCUAUUUCAUCAGCAGCUUUAGCAUGAUAGUGACCAACAAGAUUAGACAGACAUCGAAUUAAGAUGUUCAGAAGUAAAGACACCUGAAAAGUAAAACUGAUUGUCCUUUACUGUGUCUGCAAGGAUGAGAACUAUGUCACCUUCAAUAUUCAACGAGCGGUGCGCAAUUUCCUUUUUGUUGCGAACAAACUACUGAUUGAACUCUUCACACUGAGUAUCUCAGGAACUAACCGUGUCCUUUCUGUGCAGAUGAUGUAAUAAAUAUAGAGGAUAUAAAGAGAAAAGGAAACUGGGUGACAUUUAGAGGUCAAGGGCCACAUGGAAAUGUUCAAAUGUAUUGCGAAAGACAACGAAAACAGCAUCACAGGACACGAAAGAGCGCUAUUGUUUUGAUGCCUCAUAAUCAUACAUCAACAGAAGUCUCAGAAAUGUGCGAAGGGAAAAAUAAAUCAUAAUUU